AUGAAAGCGCUCCGACUAAACCAACUGCAUGAAGUCGCUAAGUCCCGCAUGGAUGGUUGUAACAUCAGUGGCGUUUUUCCAGUAGGUUUUUGUUGCUACAUCUGGCGACCCGUGAAGCUGCAGGGUCCCAAGUUGCAUCACCUUACACGCCUCAUCAAGCCACCAGGGCACACGAUCAAUAUCCGCCGAGCCGCCGUCGCCAUCAUUGAAGCUCUCAAGUCGAAGUUCAGUGGCACCGGUAAGUAUCCCUUGAAGCUGAGCCUGCAGGAUGUGUCCGAGGUCUUGGCUGCUGAGAUGCCGGGAGAAACAGAUAAUCAUCCAGUAACCGGCCUGCCAAUGAUGGAGGACCAGCCAAUGAUGGAAGACCGGUCAAUGAUGGAAGACCCGUCAAUGAUGGAGGACCGGUCCGUAAACCCAUCAAAGAAGCCCGCGCUAGUGCAAGGUCUAGGCGACCACCUAUUGGGUCCUUUACAGGCAGUCGGCCUUCCAGUGGUCGGCCUUCCAGUGGUCGGCCCCCCAGUGGUCGGCCCCCCAGCGGUCGACUCUCCGGCAACACCUGUUGUGCAGGAAGACAGUGCUGUAACCUAUGAUUGGGAUGGUUCGGAGUAUUUUGGGCACGUGUACGUGCUCAGUAGUGAGGCGAUGGGUUUCAUCAAGGGGCUGGAGGCAUCCCAGGAGCACGAGUGGCAGGAAAAAGCUUUGAAGGAACGGGAACCUGAGUUGGCGGCGUAUGCUGUUGGCUUAGCGUUGUUGGGUAUGUGCGUCCAUGUACCAGAGGCCGUUGAGGUGUCUUUGUUGAAUCGAGCCGUUUGCAACUACUUGGCCAGCAUCCAGAACACGAUCAGGUUUGCGGAGCUGCCACCAGGGGUUCUGGAGUUAAACUGCCAGCGGGACACUCCUCCCGCAACCACAGAAAAAUAUCUCGACCACCUGAUUGACGUAAUUAACCAGGGUGAACUCGUCGGCUACCGACGAGACAGAGAACACUACCUCGACGACUAUCACACCAUUCUCUACGCCGGAAUACGAACGAACAGGGAAUGGCGGCCCCAUCUUUCUUAA